AUGAGUAACAGUCAUCAUCAGCAGCAGUCUGUGUCGAACCACCACCAUCAUCAUCAUCACCACCACCACCACCACCAGCAGUUGCAGCAGUCGACGCUCUUCUACCUCUCUUUCCCGGUGAUCGAUCAAUUGGCUCGGUCAAAAAAAAAUAAAGCUAUGGACGAUAUCGAACGACGAUACGAAAAAAUCAGCAAGUUUUCGUUGAAAAGUUUGGGUCUAUGGCCGACCCAAAGCAAACUCAAGCGUUACACGGGCUUCACGAUUUUCACUCUCCUCGUUGUAAAAAUUGUCUACCCGCAAAUCGUAAAUGUCUUGAAGCACUCGGAUGACACGAUAAUCAUUUUGGAAACGGCGGUGUACGUGCUUUUUCAUAUCAUCAGUUUAUCGAAAUACGUUUCGACUCUUCUGAAUUUGUCGAAGGUAAAAGCUCUUAUGUUGAGUAUUUACGAGGUGAGGAAAAAUUUAACGGACCACCACGAGCUAAAAUUAAUGAAAAAAUAUGAGAACGAGGCAUACUUUUUAGUCAGGUUCUACGCUCUGUACGUACUCACGGGCAUGCUGCUGCACAGUUUAGUUCCUUUCGCACCUCCUCUUCUGGACGCCGUCUACCCCCUGAAUAAUGGCACCAGAGGUCGACUGUUGCCGUAUCGUGGCGAUUUCGUGUGGUUCAAACAGGAGGACUAUCAUUACGAGAUUUGCGUCGAUUUCAUUGUCAGCGCCAUGAUUUUUUGGCUUCUCUACGCGGGCAUCGAGUCGAUUUAUACCUCGACGAUCAAACAGAUUUGCGGUUUAUUCGCGGUCGUUUGUUAUAGAUUCGAGCGAAAACGGAAGAUUAGCUCGAACGUCGAUCGGCUCUCUAAGCAAAAUUUCGACGAAGAUUAUGGUUUGACGAGUGCGGAAAUCGCCGAUGCGGUGAAAUUAUACAACGAGUGCAUCAAAUGUGUAGGAUUUUUAGAGGACACUUACAGCAUUCCCGUUCUGGUCACUCAAAUUUCUCUGCUCUUGGAUAUGUCUAUCGUAUUGUUCAUCAAUGAAGAGCUUUUAAAUGGAUUACGUUUUGGUUUUUUUGGAAGCGGAAUGGUACUACAUCUGUGGUAUUAUUUUUGGAUCGGACAAUUAGUUAUUGAUAGUAGCUCUCGAGUGCACUUCAGCGUGUGA